ACUGACAGCUCUCGCACCGCCGUCGCAGUUGCAGUAAACUCAUCUGGCGUUGCCUCCUGCGUUGUCAAGCAACCUGUACAGAUAAAAGACUGACAGAAAAUGCUGUCCUACAUCAUUGGUUUGAUCCGAGGCGGCGUCGAUAGCAUCAUCAACUUGAUCUUCAGACUACUCUUCUCUAAGAAGAGGCUGGCCCUCACUUUAGAGGACCCCACCAUCAAGUAUGCCCUGCGACUGUUGGACAAACAGAUUGUCAGCCAUGACACACGGAAGUUCCGCUUCGCGCUGCCCACCCCUGAACACAUCCUUGGUCUCCCCAUCGGGCAGCAUAUCUAUUUGUCUGCGAGAAUAGACGGGAAGCUGGUCGUCCGGCCGUACACGCCGGUGUCCAGUGAUGACGACAAAGGCUAUGUGGACUUGGUGGUGAAGAUUUACUUUAAAGAAGUCAAUCCUAGUUUCCCAGAGGGAGGGAAGAUGAGUCAGUUCAUGGAGAGCCUCCGGAUCAACGACACUAUUGAUUUCAGAGGGCCCAGCGGUCUUAUUGUUUACAAAGGCAAAGGCGUCUUUGCCAUCCAGCAAGAUAAAAAGUCCCCGGCUGACACGCAGACGGCGAAACAUGUUGGCAUGAUUGCCGGAGGAACAGGCAUCACGCCCAUGCUGCAGCUCAUCACCGCGGUGAUGAAGGACCCACAGGACCGGACGGUGUGUUACCUGCUGUUUGCCAACCAGACUGAGAAGGACAUCUUGUUGCGCCCGGAGUUGGAGGAGCUCCAGGUCAACAACCCGGACCGGUUCAAGCUGUGGCUCACGCUGGACCGAGCACCCGAAGACUGGGAGUACAGCCAAGGCUUCAUCGGUGAAGACAUGGUGAGGGAGCACCUGCCGCCCCCGGGCAACGACAGCAUCGUCCUGAUGUGCGGACCGCCGCCGAUGAUCGAGUUCGCCUGCAACCCCAACCUGGACAAAGUCGGCCACGCCAGCGAGCGCCGGUUCACCUUCUAGAUGGCGCUCUGCUAUAUUCACGACCCUGAGAGCACUAAAGCACCUAGUGUUGCAAAUGGGUAUUGCACUUUGUAAACAAUAUUUUUCAGAGUGCCUUAACACUUGACACGCUCUUUUUAUGCAUUGCAAUCACGAGCUUCGUUUAUAAACGGAAAUGUAUUUAAUCCAAUGUUGCUGUUUGCAUAUGCGUUUGUUCAGUCCCGCCCCCUCGUGUCACGUCAAUAUUUUCUCUGUGAUUGUGAUUCACACAAAGUCUGACAGCAGCAGCUACUUGUUUGGAUAUGCAAGAUGAAAAAUAAAAACAUCGCUCCUGA